AUGUGGUACUUCUUGUCUUUAGCUUAUUUGUUGUUUAUCAUGGAUGUUGCUCCGAGUGUCAGUCGCUAUCUAGAAGAGAAGGUUUCGAACUCAGGAGCUUUUCAGACAGAUUGGUCUGAGUUGCGGGACCUAUAUACAAGAAAAUUAUGGCAUCAACUGACAUUAAAACUUCAAAGCUGUUUCAAAAUGGCCACUUUCAAAGCACAAACAGAUCUUGUUGAAUUGAAUGAAUCUUUUCUGAACGACUUCAAAAACAAAAUCAAUCCAUUAUCUCUAGCCGAAUUGUCCGUCCACAUUAGCGAGCAGCUAGUGGCAACAGGUAAAUUGUUUUCUUCCUUUCGGCGUGGAUUUUUGUGUUCGAUAGAUCCCAUGAAGGGUAUCAAGUUUAUGGAAGAUAUCCGGGACAAGUAUGCACAGAAGUCAAAGGAGGCUAGUGUUCUGUGCAAUACCACGAUUGGCAUGAUUUACUUGGCCAGCAUGAAUGAUUUGGUGAAUGCCAGGAAGGUUAUCGAAACUACUGGUGCUCAACUGGAUCAAAUGGGCGGAGUGACCUGUGUUCACGCCAGGUUUUAUCAGCUCAGUUCACGUUAUUAUCAGGUUACUGGGCAGCAUGCCGAAUAUUAUAAAGAAGCUCUGCGAUUUUUGGGUUGUGUUAGCCUGGAUGAGCUAACACAAAAUGAGCAACGUGCUUGGGCAUUCUCCGUCGGCUUGGCCGCCAUUCUAGGGGAAAGUGUCUACAAUUUCGGUGAACUGCUUACUCACGACAUUUUGAACAGUUUGCGAGACACACCGGACUCUUGGCUGAUCGAUCUUUUGAAUGCAUUCAAUCGGGGCGACUUGCAGCAGUUGGAAGCGCUGAAAAGUCAAUGGAGUAGUCAGGCUGACCUGGUAGCCGCGGAAUCUCGACUAACGGACAAAGUGAAAUUGUUAUGUCUCUGCGAGUUGAUUUUCCGUCGACCGGCGAACAAAAGAACGUUAACUUUCUCUGAAAUCUCCGAGGCUACCCGAGUAUCGCAUGAUCAGCUGGAACAUUUUCUAAUGCGUGCUCUGUCUCUGGGCUUGAUCAAAGGACGAAUCGAUGAAGUAAAUCAGACUGUGUGUAUCACUUGGCUAAAACCCCGUGUGCUCGAUCGAGAACAGAUUGGAAGCAUGCGUGCCCGACUUACCGAGUGGUGUAACUCCGUUUCCAGUAUGAAAAAUUUGGUUGAAGUUGAUGCCAAAGCUAUCCUUGCCUAA